GUUAAGUAAAAGACAGAACAUAACAUAUCAUAUCAAUAACAAACAUACAUUUAUAUGAUAGAAAGAAUGUCAUCCUAAUUAGGUACACCUAUGGCUUAGGGAGGCGUAAUGACUUGGUUGUAGGGUGGCAUUUGGGAUUAUUUUGGACUGUUUAGGGAGGCUUCUAUGCUUACUAUAUGCUGGCAGAGGAAUUUCUAGGAAUUUGGCUCCCAAGUUGUAUCUUGCCGUAGCCCUUUCAAACUGGCUGGAUACCUCGAGAUCAUCCUCGGAUCCGAGUUCAACUUGGUUAGAAAGUUUUGCGCGACUACCACUACUGUGGAUGUCACGGUACUCCUUUCAAUUUUCUAAAAGGAUAGCUCGGGUAUAGAGCUUUUAUGCAUGAAUGCAGAAUUUAAUUGCGAAAAUAUAAUUGCGGAAAUAAUAGCGUAAACACCCAACACGUAAUAGAAAUUUAGAAGAACUUAUCGAACUUAGUUAUGUAGCUCGACUCUCGAAUGUCCCCAGCGGAGUCGCCAACUGUCGCAACCGUCCCGUCCGGGGGGGUCCGAUGUCGUCGCGUCGGCGUUUUUUGGGAGUCGCCAUCGAUCUUACUUGGAGUGGAUCGAACACUCUUCGGAUCGGCUCUAACCUUAGUGUCAGAACCGAGGCAUGGUCUGCGAAAAUAAAGUUCUGGGUUCGGGAGUACGGUUACGUGUGGGGAAGUGAAAUCACACCCCACAACGCCCUAAAUCGGUACUACUUAAGUCGAUAAGUUUUUAUGCGAGUUGGGUGUAUUUUAGUAAUGAUUUUGUAAUUUUAGGGUCCCACUGGACCAUUAAAAAAAAUUAAAUCGUAUUAAUUGUAAUUUAAUUGUACGCCCACUAACGUAAAAGAUAAAGUUAAUUGGUUAGUUGGACUCGAACCUUAUCGGUUGCCUACGUACCCGUUAGACGGGAUCAAAGUCCACGUAGUUCGUUUGAACUUUGAUAGUUUAAUUGUGACAUUUUCAUCACGUUCCACUGAUCGUGAUUUUCGUAUUAUAAUUUAUGUUAAUAAAAUUUAAUUUGAUUAUUAUGAAAUUAUGAAAAGAGAAUUUAAUAAUUUAAGUUAUUAGGAAGAGGCUUGACUCGUAUUGGAAAAGAAACGAGAUAAACUUAAUCCGCAUUUACCAUUUCGUAUUAAGAACUAUAAACAAAUAAAGUUAAGCGGGAUGGAUAAUUUAGCAUAUGAUUGUCGGCAGCCUAACUGGUCAAACCGCUAGCCUCCUCUGACCUAGAGACCGCGGGUUCGAAACCAACUGAGUGCGAUUUUUUUGAUUUUUUUCGUUUUAGUGUGGGGAUGGGGGAAGGGCAUUCUAGUAAUUGCUCGAAAACACGGUGGCACGGCCGCGUAAUUAACGAUAAACCCUAGGGGUAUUUUGGUCGUUGUAAUCGAUGGGGUAUAUAUACUUUCUAAAGAAACCCUAAUCAAUCUAAAGAGAGGCGGCCGCCCUCUCUCUCUCUCGUCCAUCUCAUUCUUGCCUCUCUCUCUUCCUCUCGAUCCUUCCACUUCUCUCUUCCUCUUCCAGAAAAAAAAAACCAAACCCUAGCCGAACAAAAACCGCCGCCCUCUCCUUCCUUUCUUCUCCCGCGUCCAGAGAACCCAAACCCUAGCCCCGAUCUCGUGCCGCCGCCUCUGCUCUCCUCUCCCUCUCUCUCUCUCUCGACGAACAGAGAAGAUGGGGCGCCCUCUCUUCUUCUUCCUUCCAUACCAGAAAACCCAAAAUCGAAACCAAAAAAAACAGCCGCCUCUCUCCCUGUUCGAUCCGCCUGAAAGGCCGCUCACACUAGACGAAAUCAACCGAGAUGGCCUCGAUCUAGGUAAGAUCGAAACAUUUUUUAUUUUUGGUUUCUGAUUAUUGUUUGGAUUCUACUAAUUUCCUUCUCGUUUUCCUUUUUUAUUUCCGGGGAAAUUUCUAGACCGAGGGCUCGGCGGCGGCGAUUACGGCGAGGGUAAGGGACAACUCCCCUUGGUUUGCAUGUCGAUUUUUGCGAGUUUUUGUUUGAUUUUAGUUCGAAAACCGGGUUCUGACUUUCCGUUUUACCGGCGAUGGGGUUUAUUCUGGGUGAGAUUUUGUUUGCGUGUAGGUUUUCUUUUGAUUUUUCUAUCUCAGAAACCGGGUUCUGAUCUUUGGAUUACAUUUUCUUUUGUUUUUACGGUUUAUGGUUUUGGAUCUCUGCCGAGGGAGGGAAGGGAAGGCGGCGGUCGCCGGCGGCGCGGCCAGCGCCAGAGCCGACGGCGAGGGUUUUGUUUGGGGGUAAGUUAUUUGUUUUAUUUUUCUGUUCUCGUUUUUUACCUAUUAUCAUUUUUGGGGUUCUAACUCUCGAUUUCCUAAUUUUUUGCAGAUCUUAUUCAAUUUGAAAGAAACUAGGUGAUACCUCUUCUAAACCUAAAAUGGGUGGUUUAGUUAUCGUUAUAAUUGUUUAUUGAACUUUCUGGUGUUGUGAAAGUAAAUUUUGUUAGACCUCCUAGGUUUGUUUAGCCUUAAUGUUUGGUUUUGGAUAUGGUGGUGAACUUGCUUUAUUAAAAUUUGAAAAUCUAUAAUGGUCCUAAAUCUAAUACGACAUCAUAGCUACUGCUUAUGACUAUCAAUUGGUUAAACAAUUUGAUUAAAAGGCUAAUACUGAUUAGUAACAAAUGGAAUUUUUAAUGAAAGUGUUUUAUUGUAUUUAGCAUACAAAAUAAUAAUCAAAUGAGAACUUCGUGAUUAUCAAAUCUGGUAAUUGGCUAAAGAAAAGGGGUACCCUUAAACACAAAAUGAGGUAUUUUAAAAUACUCUCUCAAAGGUGUGAUUUGAAUUUUUUAUGUUUUGAAUGGAUUGCUUGAUUAUUGCUAUGUUGAAAGAGUAAAUGAACUAGCCUGGCUGAUAAUAGUGCUAAGUUUAGCUAGCAGCUUAACAAGAAUUAUGCUUGCUAGAAAAAACUGAGAGCAACUCAAACUGAUUCAUUGUAUUUAGGUGAUAAAAAGUAAACUGUCAUAUAACGAAAGAAAUGAAUGGCAUAAAGAGGCAUACAUGUCACAAAGAUCAGAAUUUCGUAAUAUCCACUUCACAUACAAAUUUAGGCAGCCUAAGUAUGGAUUAUGAACUUAGAAGUAUCAUAUGUUAAGUAGAUCUUCUACAUGGAUGUAUGAAUAACUAGAAUGCUUGUACGGUUAAUGGGGUGUAGAGAAUACCAACAUGUGUUGUGAUUUAGUGGAUUUUGAUGGUGAUGGCUCGUUGCUGUUUCUGACUUCCUGCCCUUUUUGGAUCCUUAGUGCUUCUGUCUUUUUUGGCGCUUAGUGCUUUUAAUGCUCUUUGUCUCCCUUUUUGUGUGUUUUUUUUGUUGUUGGUUCUCCCUCCCUCUGUUUGGGGGUAAAACAGCUCCUUAUAUAUGGCUGCCUUUUACUGUUCAUACCUGUGUGUUGGCUGCUCCUCCUUUGCUCUUGAAGUGGUAGCCUUAGCCACUUAUGUUGUUGGCAAUUUGGGAUUGGUCCUUGGAGGAGGUGGCCGAAAUCUUCUUUUUUAGAUUUGGCAGAGACUCUGCUGUUCUGCUGCUCUGCUACUCUGCUGCUCCUUUAGAUAAGAAUGAUGGGUUUGGUUGACGGGGUUGACCAGAGUUGGCCCGGGCUGACCAUACUUGAUUGGGUUGACCCGGGUCGACCAAGUUGACCAGAGUUGACCAGAGUCAAUUGGGCCUGGGUUGUGGGUUUUCAUUUUAGGUUGCUCUUCUAACAUUUUCUUUUUUUUUGUUUGCAGGUCCCUAGUCCGUUUCCGGCCCGAAAUGAUGAUCAAUGGGGGCCCAAACAGCCUUAAUUGGCUAAGCCCCCAAUUCUGAUUGGUGCCCAAAAGAAAAAGAAGUCCUAUUUUAUUCAUCCUUAAUUCCUUAUCAAAUGUAAUAAUUAUUAGUUGUACAUUUGUACUUUGUAAUUAUGCAUGUAAUUAUUUUUGCGACUUAUAAUUAGAAUGAUCGUGUAAUUAUUGUAUGGCCAACUAUUCAAUUGAUUUGCUUCCACCUAGCUUGUUUAUUCUUUUUCCUGAUCGUGACCCACAUCCCAACUUCUUAAAUAAGUAGUUCUUGAUUAUGAAUUUCGACCAAUAUUGACCAAUAUCAGUAAGUUUAAUAUGGUCUUACUAUCUCAUUUGACCAAUUUCAAACCUAUGUCACUAAUCAUUAACCGUAAUACUAGUAUAGUCGUGACGGCAUAUUGUUACUCUAAAUAAAGCGAAUUUGGUAGUCAUUAGCUACUACUAAUCCUACCUAGUACAGCUAUUCGAACUAAACAGAAAGAGGACUUCGAAAUUAUUGGUACUUAUUGAUUUGCCACUGCUAAUCUCAACCAACCUCGUCCAAACUUUCACUUGGGUUUUCUUUUUAAUUUUUAAAUGGAAUAUUCUUCCGAAUUUUGAGUAGGAUGGUUGCUCCGGACAAAAUGUGGUGUCUACAGUCCGGGUAGUCCCCGAGGGAGUUGAUUCGACCGGUCUCCAAGCAUUAUACGAAACCCUAGGUUGAAUAAAGCACUACCCGUCCAUUGAUUCGUCAUUCCGGGUCAUUCCCGAGGGAGCCCAUACUCAAAUGGUAUUGUAGUUGAGUCGAUCGAGAUAGGAGGAUACUCAACAUUGAUCCAAAGUACGGACCUAGGAUGAUUCAACCCAAGAGAGCUCCAACCUUGUAAAUAUCUAAGUUAGUGGUUAGCUAGGUUAGUUAGUUUAAUUCUUCUAAUCACCAUCCUAGGUUGGCUAGAUAAAGAACCCUAAAACUGAAGUAGGGUAAGCCUAGUUCCCCAUGGUACGAUAAAUUCUUAUUGUUUGUCCAAUGCUACACCCGGUUGGCGGUUAUACUUGGUCCUCGAUCAGGAUGUUGUAGUUAGAAAGAGUCAAGUUUUUGGCACCGUUGUCGGGGAAUCAUUCUAGGUUAUUUGAAAAAGGGUCGGCCGUUACGUUAGCCAUUUUGUUUUAUUUUGUGUUUGUUGACCCACUCUUCUCUUAGAAGGGUGGUUUGUGUUUGUUUGAUUUUAUUUUUGUAUUUUUGUUUGUGUAGGUUGAAUCAUGUAUCCCAAUGGCUUCUACAAUAUGUGGGGGUAUCCACAACCACCCGAAUGGGGGUACCCCAGGGCUUCAUGGAGUAGUCAAGAAGGUGGAAGCCAAGGAAUCGGGUUCUAUGAUCAACCUCACUUCCAAGAAGAACAACCAUACCCAUGGGGGUAUCAAGAGGCUUCCCCAUACGAAGAAAACAUCCCUCCACAAACCGAGGAGAAAUCCAAGUUGGAGUUGGCAAUGGAGGCUUUCAUGGGGCAUUCCUCAAGACCAUGUGCCACUCCGCAACUGGAGCCAAUGUAAAACCCUUACUUUAUAUUACAAAACGAAACAGUAAAUACAUCGAGUUUAAACAUUCUCGGGCCCGAGCUUUAUAUAUGUAUUUUUUUUUCAAACUUCAAACUAUAAUUUACAUUUUCAAUAGAGUCGAAACAGAAAAUCGGGGAAGUCUGCUUUAUUACAAAAUCCACACAACAUAAAACAUUCAAGGAGUUCGGAGUCCUCCGCCCACCUCAUGGCUUCCCUUCAAGCUUGAGUCUCGAUAUCUACAGUACACGCCUUACUUCUACUCUUGAUCUGGGGAAAAAUGGUGACGAAGGAUGAGUCGUCCCUCAGUGAAUAAAUUCUAAGCUCGGAU